ACCCUGCAGCCCCUAACAUGCACCUGUAGUUCCGGGUCUGUGCUGACAUCUUGUGGCGGUGAGGAGGUACAGCAGCCGUUCUUGUAUCUACUCAGUCAGAUAUUCAGGUAGUAAUUACUGUAGCCAUGUGGACACAUUGUAUAUACCUCUUAGUGGAGUUAAAGGAAAACCGUAAAGUCACCCUUUGUAUAUGUAUCCGCCAUAUGUGUGAGCAGUCUGAGAUGUGACCUGCUGCAUAUGGACAUGUGUGUUGCGUCACUCCUCCAGCAGAGGUCGCCCUACAGUCUGCUCGCUUUGACUUUCUCCCGACAAUUAACAGCACAGAGGCUAAUUUGCUCAGUUAGACCAGAGGGGUGUUUGACUUUAAAUCUGUGACCCAGCUGCGUCCUUAUCUUUAUAUUUGUGGCUACUUGUCUCUUGAGCCCACUCAAAUGUCUGUCACGCACGCGGAGCAGGUCAGUGCGAGGCAGUUUACCGCCAACAGCUAAAUGUCAAACCUUUGGCAAAGUGUGCGCGCCUCCCUGCGCCACUCGGUGAUGAUGGGUGGACCGAGCGGAGCGGAGGAGCGAUAGGGCGCAUUUCUUAAUUUCCCUUCAACGCCGCGUCCCCGUCUCCCCCCCUCCAGCCCUGGACACCACGACGAGACCGCGGGACCGCUGUGUUUCCCGUUCACGCACGAGGAUUGAUCCAAUGUAUUAUUUACGACCGAAACUUCAGCAACUUAUCCACUGGAUAUGGCUCCCGGUGUGAGGAGUGGGCGGACAGGUCACCCCAAAGUGGUGGGAGCCGGCGGAGCGGAGCCCGGUGGGUGCUCGCCGCGGAGGACCGAUGCCGGAGGAGAGGGGAGGUGUUUGAGGACCAGGUGGCGAGUCGGAGCAGCGGGGAUGCUUGCGAACUGUCUGCUGUCUGUGGGGACGCUUUUACUUCUUGUCCGGUGCGCUUUGGCCGCAGAGGAAAAAUCUUCCUAUGAUGCCUCCGGCUCCUCGUCGUUACCAAGCGACCCCGCAGUCACAGCUGCUCCUGCUCAUCCAUUGGCCGACCUGUCGGUGGCGGGGGAGGUGCCUUUCUCAGUCGUCCAUUCAGAUGGGGUCUCAGAGUCUGAGGGGGAAGGUUUAUCAGGGCAGCCUGCCUUUUCUUCUGUCUUAACCGUCAUGGCAGGAACUGUCAAACAUCCAGUGACUCUGGAUCGAAGUAGAACCUCGCCAACCAUCACCAGGGACGAGACCCACACCACCCAAUGGCCUUCACAUAGUUCCAGCCAGGGCUCAGAGAUGUCCUCCUCAUCGUCGUCUGCGGGAGACAGGAUCUCCCCCGCCAGCUCAGAGGCAGGGACGGACGAGUUAACCGCUGGAACAUCCAGAGCAGAUGCGCUCACUUUCCCCAAAGAAAAAGCGGCCAGUCUAGCCCCCUCUCAGUCAGCCAGAAUUACCCUUUCUGCUGGGCCCACCGAGAGGACAUCUCAGGUAUCACCUCUGCCCCCUGGACAGGACACCCCAACAGACUCUGUCCAGCUUCCCACCACAACUGUAGCUCCAACCACCACAAUCAUGCCUUCCCUAAGAUUCUCCACUGCAACCACACCGUCAGCCGCCACCACCACUACGACUACGACACAGCCCGCGCCUGUGACCAGGAGAACAACCACCACCACGACCGUCAGGAUUCAAACCAACAGGAGAACGUUCACACCACCUGUCCCCAGAACGAGCCCUCCCAGGGGGGCCACCACCAUCUUUAUUUCUCCUUUUACCACCACCACAGAGGCUCCACCGCAGCAGUGCAACAUCACGGAGAGAUUGUGGGUGAAAACAGUUGUUUCCAUCUAUGUGAGAAGAAACAGGCUGGACAGCAUUCAGAGGCAGAACCUGCGAAGGGGACUAAGUCAGGGCCUCCGCAAAGCUCUGAAUGAUACAUCCGCCCAAGCACAGGUGGAGACAGUAUUCGGUUCCCCCAACAUGACAGUGGCUUAUCACGUGACUGGAGGGGACAUGGUUUACCCUCCCUCUGUAGUGCUGGAAGGCUUGGACUCCUAUGGCCGUGAUAAGCUGAUUUCAGACCUGCGACAGUACCUCCCCAUGGUAACAGCCCUGCCCAUCCCAGUUGCAUUAUGGAGAUCCAGCCCAGCCACUGGCUUCCAGCUGAAAACAGUGCUGCAGUUUGUGGGACCAGGCGAUGAUCCUCGGUCCUGUCGCUUCUCUCAAAUGAUGGAGCAGAGGCUUGAGAGGGUGUUUUCUGAGGCGCAGGUCAAAGUGCUCAACACCAACAGCAGGCUCUCUGUUCAGAUGCUGAGUGUCUCCCAGGCAGCAGGCUCUCCUGCUGUGUCAUUGGUCUACACUGUGAGGAAUGGGACUGUCUUCCUUAAUGGCACCACUGCCUCAAACCUCCUUGGUCAGCUGUCAGCUGAGCUGGUGGGCUACUUCCUCUUCUAUCCGCCACUUGUCAUUGCUGAGCCACUGGAGUAUCACAAUCUGAACACCUCCGUUGCUACAAGAGAAUUCUGGGUUAUUACAGUGAUCCAGGAUGUGGAUAACGUCAGCCUGGAGGGACAGUACCAAAGCUUUGCCAGUCUAAUGGAGCAGCGGCUGGCAGAGCUGUUUGUGUUGGCAGGGCAGCAGGGCACUCGUUUCAGACGAGCCACUGCUGUAGGCAGCUACACUGUCCAGAUGGUGAGCAUCCGUAGGGUGUCAGGGUCGAAGAAUCCCGCAGAGAUGACCUACUACAUCCAGCACAAUGGCGUUCCUUUAUCGGGCACGUCAGCUGCCAAGCUCCUGAACACAGUGGAUUCUCAGACCAUGGCGCUCACUCUGGGCUAUUUUGUCCAGCUGCAAGCAGAACCUGUGGUCAAGAACCCUCCUAAUAACCUUUGGAUCAUCGCCGCAGUGCUGGCCCCCAUUGCCGUAGUAACACUCAUUAUCAUCAUCAUCACAGCUGUGCUGUGCAGGAAGAAUAAAAAUGACUUUAAAGCUGAUGCCAUCGGCAACCUCAAUCCCCGAGCUAAGAUGGCAUAUCGGAGAGAUGUGGGCUAUUAUCACCAGCCGGUCCAGGGAUUUGACUAUGCCAAGCAGCACCUGGGCCAACAGGGAGGAGAUGAAGAGACCCUGCCUGCCAGUCAGGAUACACUCGUGAUGUCUCUACAAAUUCGGGACACGCCACUUUCCCUUGAAAAAGCCCUGCAGCAGGACGGGACUGCCAACAAGAAAAGCCUCACCUCAGACAAACACAAGAGCAAGUUGCCGAGUGAGGACGGUUCCGUCAUCAGCAACGAAUCAGAGAAGCUGAAUUCCGGCAGGGGCUUGACAGUGCUGAAAGUCACAGCGCAGCAGAAACUGACAAAGGAGGAGACGCGCAAGAGGGACGAUCCAUAUGACACCUCCUCUGGCUCCCUGCAGCUCAUUUCAAUAAAGCCCAUGGUGGCUCAGCCCCACUACACACACCCUGCAUCCUCUGACCGCAGCCAGGACUCCGCCAUAGUCAAUGGAGAGGUGAACUUGGCCCUGAAGCAGAAGUCAGACAUCGAGCACUACAGGAACAAGCUGAGACUGAAGGCUAAGAGGAAGGGCUAUUAUGACUUCCCCUCCACAGACGGCAGCAGCAGCGGUCGAGCCGUGGUGCAGAGACAGCGGCACGGCCAUGAGAGGGCAGCCGGUGAGCAUGGCAGACCACUGGAGCCUGAUGAUGAGCGAGGUUCCACUUAUGUCAAGUCUCACAGGAGGCACUCACAGGUCGGGCAGACGGCCUAUCGCAGCAGACAGAGCCUGAGCAGUCCCAGUCCUGGAGGAACAGAGAUGGACCUGCUUGUUAUGAGGGAGAGGCCCAGGAGAGGCAUCCGCAACAGUGGCUAUGAUACUGAGCCUGAGUUGAUUGAGGAGACAAAUGUUGACCGUCUAAUGGGGCCGAGGGGGUACAUGUACGGCCGGGGCUUGAAAGGCCACUCAGAGACAUCCACUCUGAGCUCACAGCCGUCCAUUGAUGAAGUGCGACAGCAGAUGCACCUGCUGCUGGAGGAGGCAUUCAGCCUGGCUUCAGGGGGGCAGUCCACAUCCGGAAGGCACUCCCAUCACCACCACCCCCCUCCUGACCACUACAACAACGCACCGCCUCCCCUCCCCUACGCAGACGUGGUGACCAGUGCCCCGGGUACAAUGAGUUGUGGACGGGGAGGCCUGCAGUGGGUACCAUCUUAUGGCGCAGAAAUGUAUCAAUGCAGCCUGCCUAAACCGGCCUUUCGCUUCACCCAGCUUCCUGAGAUGGCCAUGGGUUCUCCUCCCCCUUUACCGCCUCGCACUGGACCUCCUCCUGGGACCUCCUUAAGACGUUCCACUUCUGACUUGGGGCCUAAGGGAAGGAGCUCAGAGACAUCUGUCACUGAAAUGCAGAGUCAACAUGACAACAACCCAUACGGGCCAACAGUUAGAGCGGCACUUCCAUCUAUCACUGCAGAGCAGCCUGUGUCCAACUACUCAGGAAACCCAAUAACAGCCGUCUACGCCAUCCCAGCCACCAGGCCCGGCUACUCAGAAUACUUUGUCUCCACACCACCCACCUCCUACCACAGUCCGUCCUGGAUGUCCUAUCCACCUGAACCCGAGGAUGUGCCACCACAGUGGGCAGACUCUGUGCCCCUGCCUGGGUAUGUAGAGGCUUUUCCUCAUCCUCGCUACCCACAGGGGAGCCCCACCAGGCUGCCCCUGCAAUACAACCAGGCACUGGAGCAGCCGCCCACUGCCCCUAGCACAGCCUCCCAGCAAAGCCUGCCCCAGGUGGUGAAGGACAUGGACAGCAUGCCCCUGAGCAGCCUCUCCACCUCUGCACUCGUGCAGGCUAUCCGUCAGGAGGUGGCCAAGUUGGCGAAGAAGCAGAAUGACGUGUUUGAGUUCUAGUUUGGAUCCUUGUGUGUGCGGGAGGUGGUUAACCGUGCGUUGUUCUUCAACAGAGGCACACGAAGGUGGUGCUGCUUCAGACUGAUUUUUGAUGUUUGUACUGUACAAUGGACUUUACCCACUGAUUACCCACUGAUUGAUUUCUUUUCACACACCAUUGGUGUUUUGCAGCUCCUGACUCAAAGAAACAGAAAAGAUUGGGUUUGGUUUUUUUUUAGAAAAUAAUUCCAUCCUCUAUUGAUGAUGUCCCAAGUAACUACAUGCAUCUCUCUCUGUAGAUAUGUCAAUAGGAUACGCUAAAUAUUGAAACUAUAAUUUUUCCCCGGAUUAGACAUUUUUUCGUCAAUUAGCAUCAAUCGAGAAGAGAGAAAAAGUAAAAUUGUUGUCUGUACUGAGAGGACCAAAAACUUUGAGUCCAAUGGUAAAAGUAUAAACCACAGUGUAUAUGAGCAUGUACAGUAUUAGGGAAUCAUGUAUCUUAUCUCCUUUUAUAGACCAUUAGUUUCAACAAGACCUACUGCAUCAGUAUCGGUUCAUUUAAGCAUCCAUAUCAAAUCAAACUACCACUUUAUUUCAUUUGAGGUCUUUCAGUUUAUUUUCACAUCACAUACCAACACCAUGAAAGUAACAAGAAACACUGACUGGCCUUGGUUGUCUAAUGAUUUGUAGAGAUUUAAAGUAGCUCCCGUUAUUUAACAAAUUGACUAAAUACAGUACAUACGUAUCUGCCUUUUUAGUUGAACAUGAUGAUGUAACAUAUAGAUGGAAACAUUUGCCUUUUACUAUCUUAAAUAGAAGGAAGCAUUUAUCCUUAUUUGUUUGAGUGUGCAUAAGUUUAUACACUUGUGACUGAGUGAAUACUCACAAACUUUAACUUAACAUGUUUAUUCUUUUCUUACAGACAACCCCACACAGAAAAGUUAAAUGAUAUUUGCACAGAGUAGCAGUUUUAUAGCCAGCCCAGUGGCUUAAGAUGAUGCGCAGAUGAUUCAGUGCACAUACAACCCCAAGACCUUUGUCACUAAACAACUGUCUUUGCUGCUGGAAGUAGUGCCGCCGUUUCUUGUGAUGUUAAACUACAAACAAGGUGAAUCUAUUGUUUGUUUACCGGCCUUAAGACAUCUUAAUGGUCUCAAUGGGUGCAUUUCAUGAAUGAAAUACAAAGUUCAUGUAAACUAUUGACCUAAUGAGAGGUCCUACAUCAGUACUCCUGUUCUAAGAAGUUUUAAGUGCACAAACCUUUGUGUAACGUUGUGAAUGUCUGCCUGAGCGUCGACUCAGAUUGAGUGUACAGUACAGUUUCGUAAGCGCCGUGUUCAGUGUGGAGCCCUGGAAUCAUCCAGUUUGUAAGGUGCAAAAGGGCGUGUAUGCUGAGGUAGACAUUUACAUUAAAAAGCAAAUUCCAUUAUCGCGAAUUUGCUGCUUCUUUACAUUAGUCGUCGAUCUCAAUAAUGUUUUAAGUCAUCCACACAGAUCAUGAGCUUUCACCUACCAAGUGACAAUAUAACAAUCAUAAAUCUCAACAUGUAAGAAGAAAUUAGAUUAAAUAAAAGACAUUGUUAAAAGCCAAUAAUUAAGGAUUAGGACCCAGACACCAGACAUGAUUCAAAGUACAAAGUUACAGUUAGGUCCAUAAUUAUUUGGACAAUGAUACAGUUGUCGUCAUUUUGGCUCUG